AAAAAAAGAAGAAAGAGAUUUGGAAAGCUAACCAGGUCGUCAGACACCAACCGAAUGUCACACCACAUACAAAAUUGGCAAUCCUCCCAUUGCAACCCGGGACAGAAACACCCAGCCUCUAAAACGCCAAAGAUAAGAGAAAGGACAUGUCUAGCAAGUGUGCAUUUAAUGCUCUGUGACGACAUGCCCACCCAUCAAACAAAAGAGCCACAUCGUAAGAAAAGAAAGCCUGGGAGCAGCAGAGGAGUCUCAAACAAAAGAAGAAGAGCCAAGCCACGAUCAACAGACGUCAACGAAUCCUCCUCGCAAGCUUUGAAGCACCAAAGCCACUUCAAUAAGAGGACGGCGGGCCUAGAAACCUACAUGCAAGUGGGAAAAAAAAGUCAUCAAACCUGAGCCUCACAGACCCCGGUUGUUCAGCAAGAUGAAGAAAAAGCGCGCGAGAAGAACGUUCUGCUGAUCGUGGGAUUGGGAAAGCCCAAAGCCCCAAAAAACCGUUCCCCGAGGAUUGUGAUAGCCCAAAGCCCGCUCAAAUAUCAGCAGCCCGGUCGCGAUCCAGAAAGGCGCAAAGUAGCGUAAGUUUUCUUUCAACCAAAGCUUCUGAUUCGUUGAGAAUGCAAUUCAAAGCUCCUCAGUAUCCCACGAAUUCCACUUUCUCAUACUUUUCCCACUCUCGUCAAAUUCCAAUAAAACCAUUUCCUUACCCGUUACAAAAAGAAUUUUCACAUCCCCAACUUCUUUCAAUUUUUCCGGCUAUCGAUGGCAACAAGAAACCGUACCGUAGUGUACAAGAAGCACAGAGAUGAAGUCAAGAACGUGCGUGCUCCUUUAUCAUCGUCGCUGCCCGGUUCUAGCGGUCCGGUUAUCGAAAUGGUUAGCGCUUCGUUUCUUCGCUCCCAACAUUCCUCUUAUACUCCACUCAGCACUGAAGAUCCAGGUCCUUCCAGUUCCAGUGGUGAUGCGUUUACGAUUGGUCUGCCGCCGGCGUGGGUGGAUGAUUCUGAGGAAAUAUCGGUGAAUAUUCAAAGAAUUCGAACCAAAAUGAGUGAGUUAGUCAAGGCGCACGCGAAAGCUUUAAUGCCAACAUUUGGAGACGGGAAAGAAGAUGAACGAGUGAUUGAAGGUCUUACUCGAGAGAUUACGGGUUUAUUGAGAAAUUCCGAGACUAGAUUAAAGAAAAUUUCUGCAAGUGAGUCUUUUGAGGACUCAAAUGUUAGAAAGAAUGUACAGCGGGCGCUUGCAACAGAACUUCAGAACUUGUCGAUGGAUCUCCGUAGAAAACAAUCCAUGUAUCUAAAACGUCUGCAGCAGCAAAAAGAGGGACAUGACGGGGUUGAUUUAGAGAUGAGCCUGAAUGCGAACAAGUUUAGAUCGGAAGAUGAUGGAUUUAGUGAUGUGGGUUUUAAUGAGGGUCAGAUGCUUACGCUAAAGAAGAGUGAGCAAUUUACUGCUGACAGGGAAAGCGAGAUCAAACAGGUCAUAGAAUCAGUGCAUGAGCUUGCUCAAAUCAUGAAAGACCUAUCGGUUCUGGUGAUAGAUCAGGGCACAAUUGUUGAUCGGAUAGACUAUAGUAUUCAUAAUGUUGCGUCAACAGUAGAGGAGGGCUUUAAACAGUUGCAGAAGGCAGAGAGAAAUCAGAAGAAAGGAGGAAUGGUGAUGUGUGCAACAGUACUUGUUAUAAUGUGCUUCAUAAUGCUGACCCUCUUGAUCCUCAAGGAGUCGCUGUUGUGAUCAAAUUAUGUAGUCAUUUGACACCUUGAGCCUGCUGUGCAUAGCUCUCGAAUUCAAUGAAAAACAAACUGACUGAUAGGUUUUAACCCACUUGGAUUGUGGAGAUUAAAUGGUUCGAGAUCACAUCUUACCAUGCCGGUAGCUGAGCAUCCCUCCCCUUCAUAGUUUGAUCGGUGGGCUCGUCCAGCUUCUGCUCUUUAUUGCAAGUGUCUACAGACUACCGCCCUCAUUUCGACAUGGAGAUGCUUUUUUGUGUACAUGUGAGCAGGCAUAGAAGCCAAGGGUAUAUGAUGGUUGAACUAAUACUAACCAAAAGUUACUGCACGAAUUUGUUAGCAUAGCAUCCUUUCCGUUCAAGUUAAUUUUGUAUAUAAUAAAAGAAUAGAACGUGUUAAUAUUAUAAAUGUCUUUUUAAA